GAUUGAGCAAAUUGCAUUAUAGUGUGAGUUUCCAGCAAGAGAUUUCCUUAAAGACUUCCGCUCUGGUUGUAGAAGACCAUUAAAUUGUUUCCCCUGUUGUUGUUAGCUUCACUGAAACUCGAACAUACUUCUCUGUUUCUUUUAUGUUGUGGAGAAAAUGUUAUGGAAAGGAAUGGGUGCCCAUAGUCUGAGCAGAGACCACCUCUCUCUAUCGGCUUUGAUGCGGAAAAGGAGUGCAGAGCUUUACGUGGGGACAAGGAUAUCUACGUUUAUCUUCUUAAAACAACAAUCCAUGGGGACGCAGCCACAUGACGCUACUGCCUUCUCCCAUCGAGCAGAACAGUGCAUGGGAGGAACAAGGGAGAAAACGACGAUCGAAGCUUAAUGGCCCAGUAGGACACCUGCAUGUGGACGCAUCUCCUACCCUUUCCACUUUCCGAGAACUCAUCCUCUACACGCCUGCUGCUUUGCUCAAAUGGCCAAUACCUCCUCCUACAGCACACGAAUGUUAGACUUUGUUUCUGCAAAUCAAGACGAGGUAAGAUUUUGAUGAGGUCUUGCUAAUUUCGUUUAGAACGGGACGUGCAUGUCCGGCCUUUUAUCUAGCGUACAAUUAACGCAAUAAUUGCAUCGAACACAUUAGUCCUACUCUCUAAACCCCUCGUCCAUAUUUGUCAUGCGUCAUGGCAUAUAAGGAAGGCCUCCUGCUUCACCCUCUCCUCAGUCCUGCGAACCUGACUCUAAUCCCCAUGGACUUCUCUUCCCCUUCCUCUUCCUCCGGUGAAGUCGUGAUGGCCGCUCUCCUCGGCCUUCCCUCCCGCUCAUUCUCGGAUCUCACGCGCUCCCUGUCCUCCAACGUCCGCCUUCACCGCCGCCGCCUCGCCUUCCUCCUCCUCUCCCCCAUCCACUUCUCCCUCACCCUCUCCUACCUCCACUCCCUCUCCCUCCCCGAGAAGACCCUCCUCCUCGCCCGCCAUCUCCUCUCCUCCCUCCAAAACCUCCUCCCCUCCCUGUGUGGGCCCUCCCGCCCCCUGCGUCUCUCUGACCUCGACGCAGCCAUCCUCCUCAUGGCCAUGUGCGACUCCUACAACCCAAACACUACCCACCACUCGAGCUGGCACUCGACGGUCGCCGACAACGUUCUCCGCUCCAUCUUAAGCCCCUCGGGGCUCGGCAACGAUGCAUGGGCCGUCGUCUGCGAGUACGUCGAUGCCGCCGUCAAAUGCCGGCGGUUGAUGGAAGUUCUCUCAGGCAGCAGCGGCUCUAGCGAAAAGGUCGAGGGUGAAGUCGGCGCAUCGGUGGCGGCGGUGGUGGCGCUGCCGUCGGUGGAGUGUAGAACCGGAGGGAGGGAGUGCGUCAUCUGCAAGGAGGAGAUGGAGGCCGGGAGGGACGUCUGCGAGCUGCCGUGUCGGCAUCGGUUCCACUGGGGGUGCGUGCUGGGGUGGCUACGGAAGCGGAACACGUGCCCGUGUUGCCGGCACGAGCUGCCGACCGAGGAUGUGCUCUGUGAGAUGGGGCGGCUAUGGAGAGCUGUGACCAGGAUGGGCAACCAAUGGAGGACAUGAGCAGGUCACAGUGUUGGAGGAAGAUGUUUGAGUUGACUGUUUUUGGUUUAUUGUGCGUGUACACAUGUUGGUGAUCAUGUAUUGGAGGGGAAUAUUAGCUCAAAUUGACAUCAAUAAUGGAGCAGCUUACUGGAUGUUCUAAUCAGCCCAUCUUCUUUUCACCCUUCCUGUAGUUGCAAGUAUCAUCCAUUCCAUCUUAUUUCUUUUCA